AUGCAAAGUCCUCGAGAUUCUCAUCUCAAAGCUGCCAUGCAUGUACUUAGAUAUUUGAAAGGUGAUCCUGGUAUGGGGAUUUUUCUUUCGAACAGUGGAGAUUAUAGACUAAGAGCUUUUUGUGACUCAAAUGGGGCAGCUUGCCCCAAGACUAGAAAAUCAGUUAGCGGUUAUAUUGUAUUACUUGGAGACAGUCCAAUUAGUUGGAAAUCGAUGAAACAGUUCACUGUGACACUAAGCUCUGCAAAGGCAGGGUACAGAUCUGCAAGAAAGGUAGUUGCAGAGCUUGUUUGGUUGUCUUAA